GUGAAAGAUCUUUUUCCAUUAAAUAAUGAAUUUUUAAUUAUUAGACACACUUGAAUUGGGAAACAAGAGGAAUUAAGCAAGACUGCUUGAAUAGAUUCACGAAUUAACAACACAAUAAAAAAAGAAACUCUUAAUCAAUAUUCUUAAAUGUUCAUUAUAAGAGAGAAAAUAAGAGAUUCUUCAAAUGAUGAGAAUUCUUUUGGAGAAGGUCGACAUUUUUUAAUAAUUUCAGACUGACCAAAAUGAUCUUGAAGCUUAUGACUAUUGUUUACGUCAUAUUCAAUAUGACACUUUUGAUAAAGUAAGAUGAACAUAUUAACUGAUUUCAGAAUGCUGUGAUUUACGAAAUAGGCGAAUACGCAAAUAAUGUAUAUAUGGUAAUAUCAGGCUAAGUCUCUCUGUAUAUAUAUGACGAUAUAUUUAACACAACUAAAAGAAGGUAGUAGUCUUUCAGUGUGGGUAGUGAUAAUAAAACUCAGCAGAAAGAAAGACUGAAAUAUUCUGAUCAUAUCAUUUAAAGGUAUGGUUAAAUCAUAGUUAUAAAUAGUUUGGUUCGUUUGAGUGAAAUUAAGGAAUGGAAAAUCUUCGGAGAAUAACUAGAGAAGAAAAGAAUGAACAUUGCUAUUUGUGACAUUGAAAGCUAAGUAGGAUUUCUUAGUAAAGAGACAUUUUAAACGGCAAUAUCAAUUAUGUAAAGAAAGUAGGAGUAGAAAAGAAUGAAGAGCUUUACAUUGAGUCCUAGUUUCUAGGGAUUAAAUAAGAGGUUACUAAAUUUGAUGUUGUUUUCUUUCUCAACUUAGGAUUAUAAAUUUAGAGAUGUUGUUUACAAAAAGGGUUAAUUGGAUUCUGAUGUUAUUUACAUAAUAAAAUAAGGAGAGUUUGUAGUCUAUCAAUAAAAACAGAAUGUAAGAAAAUAAUUGGCCAUCAUGACGGAAGGUGAGUUUUUUGGUGAUUAUGAGGCUUUCGAAAAGGUUCCUCGUUAAUUCAAUGUCUCAUGCCAUUCUCAUCAUGGUAGUUUAAUUGUCAUACCAAUGUAAAUCUUAAAUUAAAAAUUAUCCUAAUAUAACGAGCAAUGUUAUCUAUAGUAAUUGAAGAAGCUAUGUAUUAAAAAAAAUAAAUGGUACAAGUCAUUUGAAAACAAUAUUGAAUAAACAUAAGGAAUCUACUAAAGAUAUUUAACUGUGUAAGAUUUAAAAAAUGAAAUAACUAAAAGUUCAGCAUAAAAAAUUGAACCCAUUUAAAAUGUUCCUGAAAUUCAAUAAUAAUAAAUUAGUCCAAUAAGGGAAUUAAAAAAUACACUGAGUUAUUUAACAUCAAUUGAAGAAUCUUAAGUGAGUAAUAGUAAUAUUAACAUUAAUCAUAAUACUAAUAAUAAUAAUAAUAAAAAUACAAAGACACAUAAUAACAAUCAUCAUAAAUUAUUAACUGAUAAUGAAAAUAACUAAAAAUAAAAAGCAAAAAGCAAAAACCCUGUCUAUAUUGCAUCUCCUGAUAAAUUACAACCACUACCAAAAAUAUAAUUAGUUUCUAAUAAACAAUAAAAUAGAAGUGAAUUAUCAACGCCUGAUAGAUUCAAUAAAGUUAUUCAAAAUAAAAUUAGUGUCUUAAAAAGAAUAAAUAACCUCUCUCCAGAAGAAAACAUUAAUUUAAAUACUCUUCAUUAAAAAACCUAUUAUGUUCAAUUACCAAAGUAAAUAAAGUUAGAAUAACAUCUUGAUAAAGAAUGGCCAAUAAAAGCAACAUUGUACUUAAAUGAUUUAGAUGACAGAUUUCGUUUUUAGAAUAAUUAAUCAAGUCAAAAUAACAAUAGCAAUCGUAAUUGCAAUUAAUUACCUGAAUAAUUAAGUUCGAAGAAUGAAAAUAGUGAAUAAAAUUCAUAAAGGAAUUCUAGAAUUGAUAUUUUAAAUAACAUUCUGUAGUAUAAAACUCCAAAAUAAUAAAAUAAUAAAAAAAGGAGAGCAUUAACCCUUAAGUAUCGAGAAUAUAUAGAAUCGUAAUUCCCACCUAGAACGGAACGCUCUUUAUUAUUUUGUUGA